AUGGUGGUUUCUUCAGACUAUUCUCCUGCUGGUUUCCUCCUCCUUCUCCUCCUUCUCCAGGUGUCUACAUGGUACUCAGCAGCGUCUAGGUUUUCUGUGAAGGGACCAGCUGAGCCCAUCAUUGUUCUACUAGGGGCAGAUGCCACUUUGCCCUGCCAGCUGUCCCCUGAGCAGAGUGCAGCUCACAUGCACAUUCGGUGGUACCGAAACCAACUCUCCCCUGCUGUGUUUGUGUACCAGAAUGGACAGGAACAAGGUGGGGAGCAAAUACUGGAAUACCGUGGCAGGACAGAGUUCGUGAGGGACUCCAUCAACAAAGGAGGUGUGGCCCUGCUGAUCCAACAUGUUCGUGCCUCUGAUCAUGGCCAGUACUGGUGUCAUUUUAUGGAUGGUCAGAGCUCCCAAGAGGCUAUUGUGGAGCUGCAUGUUAUAGGGUUGGGCUCAGCACCUCAUGUUCGUAUGAUGGGACCUGAGGAUGGUGGGAUCCGAGUGUUGUGCUCUGCAGAUGGCUGGUUCCCAAAACCCAGGGUGCAGUGGAGUGACAUGAUGGGAGUGAAUCUACAGUCCCUCUCUGAGUUUCAGACCCAGGAUGAAGAUGGGCUCUUCUGUGUGGAAGCAUCUCUUGUGGUCACAGAUAGCUCUCUGGGCAACGUGACCUGUUCCAUCCAGAAUCCCCUCUCUGGACAGGAGAAAGCAUCAGCAAUCUUCCUCCCUGAGCCCUUCUUCCCCAGGAUGGACCCAUGGAAGGCAGCCCUGGCUGGAACAGUCCCUGUGCUGAUGCUCUUUCUCCUUGGGAUCAGCUACACUGGCUGGAGAAAACACCAAGCCAAAGAAAGAGAAGUAAAGAAAAAGCAAAGAGAAUCUCGUGAAAGAGAUCAGAUGAGAAAUGAAAAGGAAACAGCACUUAAGGCCAAAGAGAACCUCAAGGCAGAGCUUGAACAGCGAAAGGCACUAUACCUUACAGAUUGGAAGAAGGCCUGGCUGUAUCCUGACUGGAGGAAGGAAAAGUUCCUGCCUGCCAAUGUGACGAUAAAUCAAGAAAUCCAUCAGAAUAAUUGUGACCCAGAGAGCAAAGAGAACUUCAGAGAGGAAACACAGGAUCUAUCUCUUAGUGAUAAGAGAGGAGACUGCAACCUUAUCACACUAAAUCAGCAAGACUUCACCUCAGGAAGACAUUACUGGGAAGUGGAUAUUAAGGACACUGAUGAGUGGACUCUAGGCAUUUAUGAGAAGCUCACAGGCAAGAGUAGAUUAUCCACAGAUCUACAAAAAAAGAAAUUCAGAGUCUUAGAAAAGAAAGGAUGUAAAUGCAGGGCUCUCAUCUGUGGCCCUCAAGACAUUUCCCUGAAAGAAGAUCUCAAGAUAGAAAAGUAUCCACAAAAGAUUGUGAUUUUUUUGGAUUAUGAAGACAAAGACAUUUCUUUCUAUGACAUGACUCAAGGUACCCACAUCUUCUCCUUUACCCAGGAAAGCUUCACUGGAUCACUCUAUCCUUACUUCAACAUUAAAUCCAUGGAGCAUUCCCAUAUGAGCAAUAUUAAGUGACUUAGAGGAAGAACUUACACAGUGAAGACAAUAGCCUAUUCUCUAUAACCCCCAAAAUGCCAGUUCUGAUGUGUGACCUCAAGUUCACUGAUUAUGAGGCCUCUUGAAUUGAGGCUCCAUGAGUUCCCAUGACCAGCACUGUUUCUUAAUUGCAGAGACGAAAUUUUUUGUUUGUAAUUGUUAUUGUUAUAAAUGCUGUUUCUUGUUUUAUAUCUAAUAUAUCACAGACUGAUAAUUUUCCAGGAUAAAUUACUGGAAAAAUGAAGUGAAUAAAAAAAAAUGGAUACAAUUACAAGUUGUAAUAAGCUUAUUGUUAGAUUCAAUAUGCUAAAAUUACUCUGUCAAUUUGCUCUAAAAUGUUUGUAAUACUCUAGUUCUGUAUUUGUCUCAUAAAGAACCUGUAAGAAACAGUUAAUAUAGUUCACUGGUCUGUGACCAACACUUUUGAGUGGCACUGCUAAAGCAGUAUUCAG